CUUAAUCGUAAACUGUGUCUAAACCCGUUUUAAAAUUCGCAUUGCUACGGACUGGACAUUUCCGCGCUCAUAAUGACCGCAAAGCUUUGCUCUAUUGCUAAGCUUAGCACGUGCAAAGAACACCCAACCGAGGCUCUUCGUUUCUACUGCACUUUCCAUAAUGACGUCAUAUGCAGUCUUUGCGCAAUCAAACGCCAUAAGCUUUGUCAGGACACGCUUACAUUUCAUGAAGCAAUUGAGAGAUUUGAACGUGAGCAUCAAAACCUGUUUAAAGCACUGGACAACCAAGCACAAGCUAUCGAAAAGGCCAUUGAAGAGAAGCAAGAAGCGUUUGAUUUGUUGAACCAAAAUACUGAUAUGGCGAUCGACCAGAUUAAACGAUUAUGUGAUAAGCUACAUGCUAUCAUUGAUGAAAAGAAAUCUACCGUUGUCGCAGCGACUAAUGAAGAGACAUAUUCAUUAAGAAAAGAACUGUCAAAUGAUCUGGUUUUUCUGAAUAAGAUGUUGGCAACGAUGAACAAGGUGAAGGACAGGGCCCAGAAUGCAUUCCAAAACAAACCACAUGUGAAGACCAUCAAAACUAUGAUAAAGGUACAAAACACUUACUGUGACAUAGAGAAAUCUUCCAAAAUCGUCCUUGACCAUCCUACAGAGUACAUUUAUUUUGAGCAAUCAAAUGAACUGGAGGAGUUUCUUGUAAGCCUCCAGUCCAUUGGAAAAGUAUCGAGGACAGGGGUGCGUACAAAUUUAAAUGGUGACAUUAAUACAAACUCCCAGAACGAACGAGAAGAAGUGCUAGGAGCCGUUGGAGGUACAGACAUAACUAUUGACGAACAAACGUUUCAAAGUAUUUACAUUGAAAACCUUGCGUCUAUUCUAGAGAGUUCUUCGUCGACAGACAUCGAGUCAGAAGAUUCCGACGAUGUGUUCAAUCUAAGCGGGAAGCACACGGAAUCAUUUAAGAAUACUCUGCCAAGAAGUGAAGAUAUAACUGAUAAUCAGCAGCUCGAUCUCAUUGACUUUGCAGAUGAAAACGAUCGUGAUGUCCAUACCAAUGGUGUUGAUGACAAUGAUGAGGAUUCUUAUGAUAGUUUAGAGGAGUCUAAAGAGGACAUGACUUUUAAAAGUGAGCUUGUUGUAAAUAUUACCACCGAAAAUGGGGAGAUAAUCAUCAACAAUUUAGACAAUAUUGUAACAAAUCUAACAGUUACAAAGCUUGAAGGGAACGAGGUGGACGAUAACGAAGAAAUCUGGAAUUUCAAUGAUGAAAAUGUACAGCAAGAAAAUGAAAAUAAAUCCAGAAGAGAUAACCAGCAAUGGAAUGGUAUGGCUACAGUAGGUUUGCAUGUUAACGAAGAUCACAACCCGAACGAAUUUGACCAACAUAAUGACACAGAAAGAGAUACUUUCACAAAAAUAGGGGACCAAGCAACUGAUCAUGUCGCGGAUAAUCAAGCAACUGAUAAAAGCAAACAAACACUACCCGCCAAUGACGGAGGACGUGAACAAGAAAAAGAGGCAAACAUAGCCAGCUUGACAAAUGUUGCAUUUCCUGACAACGAUAUCAAUGUCAAAAAAGUAACUGAUGGCAUUCACGUUUUAGCCGGAGCAUCAACACAGAGCGACAAUUAUCCUAAAAAGACAUCUGAUAAAGUCAACGAUGGAACUCCACUAGAGGACACUGAAAAACAGCCUCUUGAUGAUGAUACACGUGCAAAAGAUUCAAACUGUGAACAACAUACAUAUAACAAAUCUGAUAAACAAAAGAUGAUCGGUGAAUCCAGUGUACAUGAAUCAAAUGCUGAAACAAUGCAUGAUAUGAAGGAUGUUGCUGGUAGAUGCGAUUACUUACUUUUUCAGACACUGGAUCAUGCACGUCCCUGCUGGAUCUAUGGAAUUGAGUUCUUACGCGAGGACCGUAUUGUUAUAUCGGAUGUGGCACAUGAUUCUGUUCAGCUGUUCGAUACUGAGGGGAAUUUUAAAUGCGAAGAAACGGUCUCGUUUACACCAUGGGACGUUACACGUAUUGACGACAACACAGUUGGUAUUUGUAGUGGCGUGAAGGGUCAAGUUACUAUCUACAAUGUGACUGAUAGCGGUUUCAUUGUUUUGUCUACUAUUGAUGUCGGUAGCGACUGCAACAGCCUUGCGUAUGAUGGUGGUAGAUUUGUGAUCGGCUCUCGACAAGGCUGUAUUCUUGUAAAGCCAGAUGGAAGUGAUGUUAUUAAGUUUGACACACACUCCGUGGCGGACACAAAACUAAGAAGGUCUGAUUUUAUUACAGUGGACAAUAAGACUGGAAAUAUUUUCAUGGUGAACUCUUGGUCAUGCAGGAUUACUGCUUUGACAAAUGAAGGGCAUUUGCUGUGGGAAAAAUCUACUGAAGGCGUGUUUCCGCGAGGUAUUGUGAUCAAAGACAGCAAGCUGUUCGUAAGUUGUAAAAGUCUAAACGUUAUCAAUGUCUUCGAUCCGACUGAUGGCAGUCAUAUUGAUGACGUCAUAUCCGAUCAGCUAGACUUCCCGUAUGGCAUUACACAUCAUAUGACGAAAAAUAUGUUGGCGAUUACAAAGUGGGAAGAGAAAAUGACAGCAGAUGAAACAAGAACUAUACUAGUGUUGCCAUACUGUUAACUAAAACCAUCUUAAUCAUCAUGAUACAUAAGUCAUGCCAAUUUAGUGGAUAUCCUUGUUUUCUUGUAUAAAUGCAUA